UCUACACGUGGCAGGACUGUUCCCUGCCCAUAAGUUAUCCACUCAAGACAGCGUUGUGUACCCAACGAGAGCUGAGAGCCGUCUUUUCCUGCCAGGAUGAGCCUGCCCGCAAACCAGAUCAAGGAGCCCGGCAAGCAGUCUCAGCCCGCAAAAUCGCUCAAGGAACCCAGUCAGGAGGCUCUGCCUGUAAACCUACUCAAGGAGUCCAGCCAGGAGUCCCGGAUCCUGUGCCCUGACCCGGCCAUCGGAAAGCGGCUCUUCGUGGGGUUAUGAGUAUGUCACUGUUGGCUGUUUUCAAAGCUACCUGCCUAUUGUCAAGAUGUUUAACACCAGGGUGUUCCGUCUUCCCUGCUCAAGAAGUGCUUGAAUGAGUUCCUGGGCAAAGGUCAUCUAUGGAGCCAGCACUGAGCUAGACGCCAAGGUUGUGGAGCUGAAUGUAGGAGGGCAGUUCUACACUACUACCAUGGGCACCCUGAUGAAGCAUCCAGGCUCAAAGUUUUCAGAGAUACUGUCCAGGUCAGCUAGACACUACAAAGACGCGCAGGGCCGCUUCUUCAUCGAUCGGCCUGGCACCUACUUUGGGCUUCUCUUGGACUACCUGCGCACUGGGCAGGUGCCCACAGAGUACGUUCCUGAGGUAUACCAAGAAGCUAAGUUCUACCAAAUCCACCUUUUGGUCAAGAUUUUGGAAGACAUGCCACAGAUCUUCGGUGAGCAAGUGGCUCGAACGCAGUUCCUAAUGGGAGUGCCAAACUACAGAGAAAACCUGGAGGUCCUGUUGCACCUGGCUCGGGCAGAGGCUGUGGCGAUGCGGUCGUCAAAGGUGGUGGUGUGUGUGGUGCGCACGGAGGAGGAGGAUGCGAAGUGUGUGGAGCCGCUGCACAUCUUGGAGGCCAAAAAGACACCGGUUGUCAAAUUCGGGCCCUGGAAGGCAGGCCCUAUGACGGAGGACUUUGUAUGCUGCCUGGAGAAGGACAUUAGAGCCAAGGGGUAUAAGGUGACCUCUCAGAGGUACCACCUCAGCAGGGAUCCCUACACUUGCUUCUGGAUAUUUGUCUUCACUUGGUGGUGAGCUCCAGGAGUGGGGACUGUUUGUUAGAGGCUGUGGUGGGACUUGUGAAAUCCGUUGCCAUGAAAAUCCGUGUUCUAGUCGGGCGUGGUGGCUCAAGCCUUUAAUCUCAGCACUCGGGAGGCAGAGGCAGGCAGAUUUCUGAGGUUGAGGCCAGCCUGGUCUACAAAGUGAGUUCCAGGACAGCCAGGGCUAUACAAAAAAACCCUGUCUGGAAAAAAAAAAAACAAAAAACCAAAAACAAACAAAAAAGAAAAAGAAAAGAAAAGAAAAGAAAGAAGGAAGGAAGGGAGGGAGGGAGGGAGGAAGGAAGGAAGGAAGAAAGGAAGAAAGAAAUUCCAUGUUCUAAAGCUGAGCCUGUAGUCCCAGAGCUUGGAAGGCCGAGGAGACAAGAAGACUGCCAUGAGCUAGCUGGAGGCCAGUUUCUAGUAUAGACCAAAACCCUAUUGAAAUGGCCCAGGCUACCCUGUCUCCAUGUCUGCUCCCUUCUGGAACCACAACCUACUUGACAAAGUAGGGUUUCUCGCAUCUUCUAAGAAAUAGAGCUUGUAAGAUGCUUAGCAGAUCAAGGAGUUCUUCCUUCCCUGCUGGGCGAUAACCCUGAUGUAACCUCUUCUAGCCUGGACCUAGUGCUAUGGUUUCUGUCUUUAUAACCUCUUCUAGCCUGGACCUAGUGUCAUGGUUUCUGUCUUUAUAACCUCUUCUAGCCUGGACCUAGUGCCAUGGUUUCUGUCUUUAUAACCUCUUCUAGCCUGGACCUAGUGUCAUGGUUUCUGUCUUUAUAACCUCUUCUAGCCUGGACCUAGUGUCAUGGUUUCUGUCUUUAUAACUUCUUCUAGCCUGGACCUAGUGUCAUGGUUUCUGUCUUUAAAACCUCUUCUAGCCUGGACCUAGUGUCAUGGUUUCUGUCUUUAUAACCUCUUCUAGCCUGGACCUAGUGUCAUGGUUUCUGUCUUUAUAACCUCUUCUAGCCUGGACCUAGUGUCAUGGUUUCUGUCUUUAUAACCUCUUCUAGCCUGGACCUAGUGUCAUGUUUUCUGUCUUUAUAACCUCUUCUAGCCUGGACCUAGUGUCAUGGUUUCUGUCUUUAUAACCUCUUCUAGCCUGGACCUAGUGUCAUGUUUUCUGUCUUUAUAACCUCUUCUAGCCUGGACCUAGUGUCAUGUUUUCUGUCUUUAUAACCUCUUCUAGCCUGGACCUAGUGUCAUGGUUUCUGUCUUUAUAAGUUCUGCAGUGCUUAACUUAGGACCAAGAGUUCUUUGUGGUAGGAGUCUGACAUCAGUCACCAGAUUAAAUAAAGAACUCUUAACUAGUCA